AUGUCUCUAGUUACAAAACUUCGUCGCGUGAGAAAGAAGCCGCCAGAGGGCUGGGAAUUAAUCGAACCGACUUUGGAACAGUUUGAGGCCAAGAUGAGAGAAGCUGAAACGGAACCGCAUGAGGGAAAAAGAAAGACAGAAAUCAAUUGGCCCAUAUUCAGAAUUAAUCAUCAACGGUCACGGUAUAUUUACGAUUUAUUUUAUAAACAAGAGAAGAUAUCAAAGGAACUUUACGAUUUCUGUAUUGCGGCAAAGCUCGUGGACGCUAGUUUGAUUGCAAAAUGGAAGAAGCAAGGAUAUGAAAAUUUAUGUUGUUUGAGAUGUAUUCAAACAAGGGAUUCGAAUUUCGGAACAAAUUGCGUAUGCCGAGUGCCGAAAAGCAAACUGGAUGCCGAAAAAGUGAUUGAAUGUGUGCAUUGCGGUUGCAGAGGGCAAAUGGCCAGUGUUCCCGAAAUUGAAACAAAUCCCGAUUUACCACAGCUUUAUGCUGGGGUUACCAUAGGUUAUAAUGAGAAGACUGGAAGAUGCCUCAAAGCGAAAUGGGAUAUUCCUCCUGGUCAAGUAGUAUGUGUUGAAAAAGGAAUCACGGUUAAUGUUGACAAAAAUUAUUGUUACAAUUGUCUCAAAAAACUUCAAAAUUCGGAAGAAAUAUAUUGCACAGAAUGUGACGCAUCAAUUGAAAAGGAUCCUCUAGAAUUAGCCAGAGGUGACUUUGAUGAACUCGGAAUUCUGAAAUUAGCAGUUCACAUUGUUCUAAAUUAUCCAAUGGAGCAAAUCAUUGCCGCAACAAAUCAGGAAAAUGUUGCUCCUCCCACAGAAGCUCCCGAAAAAUUGUCAACAGAAGAUUUUGAGUCUGUAAUGCAAUUGAUACCAAUGGAAGGCAUACGAGAAGCAUUUAAUAAUGAAACAGUCGCUGUCCAGAAUAAAGAUUGGGGAAAACUCGGCGACGAAGUUCGUUAUAGGAAAUUCGCAAAAGCUGUUGAACUGGUUGCUGAGCGAUGUGCGAAGAAUUCUCAUGUAAUUUAUAGCAUUGAACAGACAUGUAGAGGAAAGACGGAAGAGCCAAUGGGAACUGGUUUAUUUCCAAUUUCGAGCAUCUUCAAUCAUUCGUGCACACCGAAUGUCUUCGGAUUUUUUGUUCAAAACUAUUUCGUAUUUGUUAGUCGCGGAGUACGUGCUGGGGAAGAGCUUCUGGAUUCCUAUGGUGUUUCAUAUUUCCAAAAUACUGCCUUAAAACGUCAACGGUUUUUAACGGAGGUUUCUGGUUUUGAAUGUGUUUGCGAAAAAUGUGAAAACGGUGAAAGUUUAAACCAAUUUCUAAUAUCAAACUUCAGAAAUCCCCAAAAUAAAAUGCCGAAAAAUGUUGAUUUGAAUGAGUUGUUCGAAGCCGCCGUUUUUAUCGUUCAAAACUUGCCAAAAGAUGGUGAUGUCAAAACGAGCAACGAUGAAAAAUUAAAGUUCUAUAGUCUUUUCAAACAGGCGACUAUUGGAAAAUGUAAUGUGUCAAAGCCAAGUUUUUACGAUGUCCAAGGAGUUUAUAAAUGGAAUGCUUGGAAUGCACUUGGAGAGAUGACAAUGGAAGAAGCCAAAUCGAAAUAUAUCGAAAUUUUGACGGAAAAAAUGAAUCGAGCGCAAAAAGAUCAUUCGACUGAUGCUUGGAAAAAUAAUAAAACGUAUGAAGUUUUGGCACCGAAAAUGAAGUUACUCGGAGUUUUUGAAGUGAAAGAAGAGAGACUAUCGAAUGACUCAACAUUGAAUGCGAUAUCCGACGGCGAAUACGCAGAUGCGAUUGAUGACGAAGAUGUGUCGAGAUCAUCCUCAUUCACAGAGGCCCGAAGUCGCCGUCAAUUAUCACCAGCAUUUCGCGAUUCGUGCACACGAAUGGAGAAAGAGCUCAGAUCCAUUACUGAGCAAUUGACUCAAUUAAGUAAAAUUGUCGAAUCUCGUCAUAAUUUGUUGCUCAAUUUAAUGCAAAAAGCGACUGUUUAUGUCGUCGUUCCGCGUUCAAUAUCGUUCCGGACCAUUCUUUUCUUUAUUAUUUGGCCAUUUGUUGCCCACAUGCUUCUCCGAUGGGUCAAAAACUUCUUCGCCAGAGUUUGA